ACUAAACUUACUUCCACAUGCCAGUAUGCUAGAAAUGAUUCUUACAAUUGUGCUCACGCUUGCUCUCAUACUAGUUGUGCUCUUUUGUACUAACAAGCGAAAUCAAAGUCUUCCACCAUCUCCAAGAGCGCUGCCCAUCAUAGGCCACAUUCAUUUGGUAGGAAAGAAACUUCCGCAUGAGUAUCUUUUCCGGCUUGCAAAGCAGCAUGGAGGGCUCAUGUACCUGCAGCUGGGGAGAAUCAAGACACUAGUAGCUUCGACACCAGCUGCUGCAGAAGAAGUUCUCAAGAUUCAUGACCGUGCAUUUGCUUCCAGGCCUGCAAACUCAGCAGCCAAGUAUUUUGGGUACGACGCGACGGAUUUGGUAUGGGCUCCUUACGGUGAUCACUGGAGGCAUUUGAGGAAGAUUUGCACUCUUGAGUUUUUCAUUACAAAGCGCGUGCAGAUGUUCCAGCCCGUGCGGAAGCUGGAAAUGUCCAUGCUCAUCACGGAACUUGUGGAAGCAUGCAGCCAGAGAAGGCCUGUAGAUAUGACUUCCAGGUUUUUCCAAUUCGCCUUCAACACCAUGAGCCGCAUGGUGUUGAACAAGAGCAUUUCGGACGCCUCAGGUAGUGAAUCUGAAAAGCUGAAAGAAUUCCUCAACAACCUCAAUGAAGCCUCCAAAGUUGGGAAUGGUCUGCAAAUCGGGGAUCUUAUCCCAUGCCUCAGCUGGGCUGAUCCCAAAGUCUUCAGGAUCAAGUGGCUCCAAACGCAACUGGUGAACUACCUUGGAGAGCAACUUCAAGAGCACAAGAAAAACCGGGAGUCUCAUCACGAGGUGAAGGAUUUCAUGGACGUUUUGAUUGCUGGUGGAGUACUAGAUGAUACCAGAAUCAAGGCGUUGACCUCGGAUAUGCUUGCUGCAGGUACAGACGCCAUCGCAGUCACAAUUGAUUGGGCUCUGGCCGAGCUCAUGAGAAAUCCCAAGUUAAUGCAAGAAGUAAAACAAGAACUGGAGGAGGUUGUCGGAAGCAAAGGUACCGUGGAGGAGGAGCAUAUCCCAAAGCUCGAGUUUUUGCAGGCCAUAGUCAAAGAAACACUUCGCUUACAUCCUCCGGCACCUUUGCUAGCUCCUCACGAAUCCGUGGAAUCUUGUAACAUCUGGGGAUAUAACAUUCCUGCAGGAACAGGGCUGCUGGUGAAUGCGUAUGCUCUUGGAAGAGAUGAAUCUACUUGGAGCGAGGCCAACAAGUUUAAUCCCAAACGUUUUCUGGAGACAAAGUCUGAUGUGGAAGUCACAGGUCAGAACUUCGAGCUGAUACCCUUUGGAUCAGGCCGAAGAAUGUGUCCCGCAUUGAGCAUGGGUCUCACUAUGGUGCACUAUGCUCUGGCUACAAUGCUGCACACAUUUGAGUGGAGCCUCCCAGAUGGAAAGGACGAGGUCAAUAUGAAAGCUUACUUUGGCAUUGUUUUAAUCAGAGAAGAACCCCUGAUGCUCGUCCCACGACUGGCAAAAUCAUGUCCUUGAUCCAGCAGCCAACAAGAGAGGUUGUUUUGUUUUAAUAAGAAGAGCUGAUUUUAGCUCUCGAGCAAUCCCACUUAGCUCUAAUUGAAAUUUUAAUGGGUGAUUCAUUAA